AUGGAUGAUCAACCCAGCCAGCAUGAAGACAAAGCUCAAGCAGACAACAUUCCUCAAACAAAUGAGGUCAAUGUUGCAACAGAACUAAAUGGAAAUCCCACUCUUCCUCGUCCUGUGGCACGUGUUAGUGCAUUUAAAGUUUAUAAUCCCCCCACUGGUCUGAAAUUGGGUUCUGGGCUUACAAGAACAACUCCACCUCAUGGCCCUUUGGUUCAAACGCCCAAACCAGACUUGGGAUCUUGCAAUUUCCUUGAAGAUGUUCAUUGUGAGCCCAUAGUUCCUUCGCGAUGUGGGUAUGGUUGCUGCGCAACGCCAAGCGGGGGUCAUCCUCCAAGCUCUUUGUUGGGGCCUGAGUUUGUUGAAUAUGAGGAGACUCCUCCAUUCUCAAGUCAAGAAUUAAUCUCAAUUGCUACAGAUUUGAACAAUAUUGCAUGGAUCAAGAGUGGCCUUGAGAAUAGCAGCACUGGGAUCCCUAGCAAUGCAGCAAGCUACAGAAUGUCUCAAGGGACUCUGGUUGGCUCACAGAUGGGAAUGUCUGAACAGAAUUUAAGAAAUGGCCAUAUGCAUUUUGAGGAGGGACGAAGCAAAUUGAUGGGCACAAUGGCAGGUGCUAUAUCAACCCAGAUGCCUGCUUGA